GAGCGGGGCGGUGCUGCCGGCGCCGGACGCGGUGCCCAGAAUACCAGGUUCUGAGAGGAAGAGCAAAGCGAGUUAACGACAAAAACUGAUGGACCAUUACAUCUUCCAGAAUGAGCCUAUUCACAUUUUUCUACUGGAAACUAACAUGUCUUGAAGAGAGAAGAAUUCAGUGUUGGGCUGUCCUAAACAUUACUCAUGGUGCAACUUCAGAGAGCAGCUUGAUUUAUCUGACUUGAAGAGGAGGCACAUGUGCAGUAAGCCAAGAGGACAUGGGCUUUCAGUGCAUUUGGAAAAAUGAUCAGGUACUGGGUCCAUGUGUCACAUCUGAAUUCUAUUGUAUUAAUUCUCUAAGUACCAACUCAGACCGUCUCCUUGAUGCACACUCACGGCAUCAUGGCCAGUACUCAGGAGCGCCUGAGCUUGUCUUCCUCUCCAAACUCGAUCAGCAAAGCUUUCUGUGAAGAUAAAGACUUUAGUAGGUUACAUGAUGAACAUGCACCUGCUGGAAACCACCCGUCCCCUGAGCUCAUAGAGGAUGUGCGUGAGAAGGGCUUGCUGCAGGCAGACCUCAUCGAAAACAUGAGCAGCCCGGUCACUGCAGCAGUGCUGACCAGCAUCAGCGAGGACUCUAGGGACCAAUUUGAGAACAGCGUGCUGCAGCUGCGAGAGCAGGAUGAGUCUGAAACAGCUAUUCCUCAGGGCAACAGGAACACUAUGGAUGGAGAGACCAACAGUGGAGCGGAUGAUGUUAAAGUCCAGUUCAACAGAUCAGGCAGUGGGAGCGGUGGGUUUCUUGAGGGACUUUUCGGUUGUCUGAGGCCUGUGUGGAAUAUCAUAGGCAAGGCAUACUCCACAGACUACAAACUGCAACAGCAAGAUACCUGGGAGGUCCCAUUUGAGGAGAUCUCGGAGCUGCAGUGGCUAGGCAGCGGUGCACAGGGAGCUGUUUUCCUGGGCAAAUUCCGGGCGGAGGAGGUGGCCAUCAAGAAAGUGAGAGAUCAGAACGAAACAGAUAUCAAGCACUUGCGGAAACUCAAACAUCCUAACAUCAUUGCGUUCAAGGGAGUUUGCACUCAAGCCCCAUGCUACUGUAUUAUCAUGGAGUACUGUGCACAUGGACAGCUCUACGAAGUCCUGCGAGCAGGGCGGAAAGUCACCCCUCGGCUGCUUGUGGAUUGGUCCACGGGGAUUGCAAGUGGGAUGAAUUAUCUGCACCUUCACAAAAUCAUCCAUCGAGACCUCAAGUCACCAAACGUUUUAGUUACACAUACAGAUGCAGUAAAAAUUUCAGAUUUUGGUACAUCUAAAGAACUCAGUGAUAAAAGUACCAAAAUGUCUUUUGCGGGAACUGUGGCUUGGAUGGCCCCAGAGGUGAUACGCAAUGAGCCUGUCUCUGAAAAGGUGGAUAUCUGGUCAUUUGGGGUAGUUUUGUGGGAGCUGCUUACAGGAGAGAUUCCCUACAAGGACGUGGACUCUUCAGCCAUCAUUUGGGGAGUGGGCAGUAACAGCCUGCACCUUCCUGUCCCUUCCACCUGCCCAGAUGGCUUCAAAAUCCUCAUGAAGCAGACCUGGCAGAGCAAGCCCCGGAAUCGUCCCUCCUUCCGGCAGACACUGAUGCACCUGGAUAUUGCAUCUGCUGAUGUGCUGGCUACUCCUCAGGAAACCUAUUUCAAAUCACAGGCUGAAUGGAGAGAAGAAGUGAAGAAACAUUUUGAGAAAAUUAAAAGUGAAGGAACUUGUAUCCACCGGCUAGAUGAAGAAUUGAUUCGUCGUCGAAGAGAAGAGCUGAGACAUGCAUUGGAUAUCCGUGAACACUAUGAGAGGAAGCUGGAGCGAGCCAAUAACUUAUACAUGGAGCUCAGCGCUAUUAUGCUGCAGCUGGAGGUCCGUGAGAAGGAGCUCAUAAAGAGGGAACAAGCAGUGGAAAAGAAAUACCCUGGGACUUACAAACGCCACCCAGUCAGACCAAUAAUCCACCCCAAUACAGUGGAGAAGCUGAUGAAGAGGAAAGGGGUCUCCCAUAAACCAGGCAGCCAGACUAAACGGCCAGAUCUACUGAAGUCAGAGGGAAUACCCAGCACAGAAGCAGCAUCCAAUGGCUCACCAGUCUCAGGAAGUCCCAAAAUGUCAACACUGAGUGGCAAAAGCCGCUACCGCAGUAAGCCACGUCACCGCCGAGGGAACAGCAAAGGCAGCUACAAUGAUUUUGCAGGGAUCUUGAAAAACCAGCCAGUGCAAGAUGAUGCACCUCCACCUCAUAAUCAUUCUCAUCAUCCUGGCCUACCGCAGCAACCUGGCCACAGCCAUCCCCAUGGCCAUCACUCACGGCUUCAUGCCCACGGACAAGAUAUUGCCAACUGCGCAAACAACUUAAGGUACUUUGGCCCUGCAGCAGCGCUGCGGAGCCCUCUCAGUAACCACGCGCAAAGGCGGAUGUCUGGUUCUAGCCCUGAUCUCAUCUCCGCUGCAAUGGAAGCAGAUUGCCGAAGGAAUCUGGAGAGCAAAGAAAGCAAAGCUGAUCAUUGGGAGUGUUGCAAAACAGAUCCAUAUAAUUCUUGUCUUCAGUGCAGGGAAGAGGACAGUGGUCAGGUACAGAUGUCAUCUGUUGAAACAGGGAUGAGCCAUUCUCAAUCACCAACAUCUGUUUCCCUAUAUGAAAAUGCACAGUUCAUUGAGAACAUGGAGGAAGGGGGCUUCAGCAGCUGUAAGUCAGCAUCUGCCCUAGGGACUCCCCAGCACAUGGCUUCCUCAGUGCUACCUUGCAAAGCAAGACCCGUUCAAAAGAGUGGUGACGACUCUUCAGAAGAGGAAGAGGGCGAAGUAGACAGUGAAGUGGAAUUUCCUCGUAGACAAAGACCUCACCGCUGCAUUAGUAGCUGCCAGUCCUACUCAACCUUCAGCUCGGAGAACUUCUCUGUGUCAGAUGGAGAGGAGGGAAACACAAGUGAUCAUUCGAACAGCCCAGAUGAGCUGGCCACCAAGCUGGAAGAUGAGCUGGCUGAGAAGCUGGAGGACAUGUUGUCCCAGACUCCAGAGAUCCCCAUUGAAAUCUCCACCCAGUCUGACGGGCUUUCAGACAAAGAGUGUGCUGUGCGGAGAGUCAAGACUCAGAUGUCUCUGGGCAAACUUUGUGCAGAUGAACACAGCUGUGAGAACCCAGCACAGUUUGGAGAAUCAGACUGUGACUCUUCUGAAGGGGAGUGUUCUGAUGCCACGGUCAGGACCAAUAAGCCCUGCAGCUCUGCUACUUGUCAGUCAAAGAAAUCAAUCAAAUCAGUGUUGGAAAAGCAAGAACUUGCAAACUGUGGAAAGCACAUCCUGCAGAGCCUGAGCACUCUUCUGGGGAGGAAACUGGAGAUACCUGUACUGGACUUGGAGAAGCAGUCUCUCGCCUACAACAGCAUCGAUAACCAGCAGAGAGCUGUGUGUUGAGGGGGAAGACUGGGAAUCACUGGCCUAGAUAAGAGCAUCACCCCUGCUCUGUCUCCUUAUUCACUGUACAUUCUUGAAAGCAUUAACAGCUGCCUGCCCUUCAUGUCAGGCUUUGUGCAAAACAGGUCACACAGGGAAUCUUGAUGGUGGCUGUGGCACAGCUGUGUCUUGGGUGCACCUUGAGGCCCCUGUUUCUCCUUCAAGCUGAAACUCUGCAGGUGAAAGUGAGGAUAGUACUGGUAUGUGACAGGCCGAGGCAUUGGCAGAUGACAAAAAUUUGUUUUCUGAUAGAACUCAUAGUGCCUUCCCUUCAAACACUACUCUCUUAAAUCAAUAUUUAAAGAGAACAAAAUGGUAGAGCACGUUUCCCCCACCCUUAGUUGAUGUCCCCCCCUGCAAGAGCUUUCACUCUGCCCUUCCUAGCGUGCUGACUGGCGCCACUGUGCCAUGUGUGCGUGGUGCACGGCCGCACUGCUGGGUGCUGCUCUGCAGACUGGCACACCAGCCUGAGAUGAACGGCAGGAAUGGACCAUGGACAGGUACUUCUGUUGCUUUGUUUGUUUACAUUUUAUGUUAAAAUAUUGGUUUGAAUUUAACUGUGGUAAUUUAUAGCCUCAUGGCAAAAUGAAGGAAAAUGUCUUACUUAUACAGAGAGCAGUAUUGUAUGAGUUAAAUUAUCCCGUAUUUUUAAAUUUUUGUAGCUGGACUACACACAGAUCUUAAGUUAUGAUGUUAUUUUAUUAUUUAUUAUAAUUUCUGUAGAUCAGAAGGUUGGCUUCACCGCUAGCACAAUUGUAAUCUGUUUGUGUGAUGUUACCUUCUCCCUGGUUGCUGGGGGGGAUGGGAGCAGAGCUGGUCUCAGUGGCUGUCAGUAGUUGCUGCCUCUUGUGAUAUCUAAGGAUGCUGUUAUACCAGGGCAGAGAACCUGUCAAGGUUGGUCUGAGAGGGAUGGAUGCAGCCAGCCUUCUGGGUCCUGUGAUAUUCCUUGUGGUCGAAGCUGCAAUUUGCUCCUGUUGCUGGUAGAGUUGGCAGCCCCUGAGCUGGUGGGGAGUGGUGAUCAGGGAGCGAGUGGCUUUUGAAUUGAUGAAGAACUGUCACAAGACCCCCUGGCAAGAGCAUCCAAAAGGACAAGCGGAGAGGAGGGCAAUUGCUCUGGGCAGCGGGUACGAGAUCAGGGAUGGCCAGCAGUGGAUCCACAUGGUGGAUCACCCAUGCAGGACCAAACAGGCUGCUGGAGAGGAGAGGGCAUGACCGGCUCACCCCUGCCUGCAGCAGCAAUACUCAGCUCUGGGUGCAGGCAGAAUGCCAUGGGGAGUGAAGCUCUUUCCUGGCUUGUUUCUUGUUUCUUCUCUCUUCCCAUCCCUCUUUUCUCCUCCCAGAUGUUCUCUGUCUCUCGGCCAGUGGCAGGAGGAGGUGGCAGGGCCAGAGGUGGCUCUGCCAUUGUGGUGUGAGAGGGGUUUUGGUGUGGAAGAGGUGGUGCAGAUGGUUACUCAGGGGGGCUGGAGGCUGCGGUGCAGGAAUUUAGCAGUAGAGAACUGUGUGCAAGUAACACGCACACAAAGAGGAAGACCAAACUAUUGCAUGAAGAGAGGUUGAGAACUACCAUCAAAUGUCCCCCACAGCAGAGGAUGCUAGGCCUUAUGCCCCUGGAGAGACUCUGCCACUCAGAUCUGGCAGGCUUCCUGAGCUCCCACAGGCAGGUCCGUUCGCUGCCUGCAGGCUGUGCAAUGUCAACCCAGUCCACAGCCCUGCGGUGCCCACUGCCUGUGGGCAGCACUGGUGUCCUAGGGCAGCCCUGCAGCAACAGGCCCAAAGCAGAGCUGCUUCUGGCUCAGGCCUGUCAGCAUCUCCAUGCAGGGACUUCAGUCUGCAAUGAUUCAGUCCCUAACAAAAAGAUCCCAGAGGGGUUUUGGUAGCUCUGGUCUUUGCUUAGAGCUCCUCCACCACGUGAUGAAGCUCCUCUGGGCUUGCAGAGAAGCGUAGAAGCUUUGAUGUGUAGGAUUUUGGGACCCUUCUGGGGCAGAUGUCCCGGGUGUGUGCUGAUUUUUCCCUGUCCUUGCCUGGGGACAUGCUGGCCCAUUCUGCAGCCUGUAAAAACAGAGCUGAACCCUUCAGGUUGUCUGCUGCCACACUUAGCUCUAGUUUCUUUACAUGCCCAGGUCAUUGCACUGUUACAGUGCAGCAUUGCUCCUCCUAACUGCUGCCUCCUAUGCAGCAUCCCUCUGGGACUGCCACUAGGGUUCCCCCCCCUUGCCUAAGCGUGUAACCCUGUACCUGAGGAGAUGUAAUCCCAGCCUCCCCCUGCACACACAUCUCGAGCCCUCGGCUGUGUGCGGGCAGGGGUGGCUCAGCAGCCCCCCAUGUUCCUGGGACAGUUGCUGUCAGUUCUGCAGGGGGUUAUAUAGGCAUUUUCUGUAGUGAAACCCACACAGAAUUGCACAUAGAUGUGACCUCCACAUUGCUGUGUCGGCGCCUCUGCUGCGGUUCCUCGCACUUACUCUCCUAGCAGGGUAUGGGGCUGAGAAGCGUAAAUUGGCCUGCUUCCUCCUCACAGUAACACCACAUUUGCAGGACAGAAGUAAACCGUGGGUUCCCUUUUCAGCAUCCCAUCUACCCUGAUCCAGUUCUCAUGGCUGCUGACAGCUCCUGAACACUAGCCUAGAUUUUCUCCCAGAGCUGAAUGUUGCCUUUCCCACUGUCGUGUUAAGUAACCAUUUCAUCUUGGCCCUGUCCAGUAGUGUU